AUGUCUAGUCCAAGUUGUACUGCUGCCAUCAGUGUUGGUAUUCCAGAAGGUCUUGCUUUUGGUAUAAUUUUGCAAAAGAGUAGAAUGUCCUCUCCUGAAAAUAUUAAGAACCAAAUGGCUCUAAAAAGUUGGUCCAUGAUGAAGACCUUCUUGUCUGCUUCGGGAGCAAGUACAAUUUCUUUGGGUUUGUUGGAUUUGAUGGGUGUUGCAACACUCUCCCCAAUUAAUAUUAAUCUCAGAAGUACAAUCUCUGGAGGUGCUAUUAUGGGUGUUGGAAUGGCUCUAGGAGGUGCAUGUCCUGGUACAGUUUUGGCCCAAGCUGGUGAAGGUGUACCAUCUUCUUUAUAUACUUUGUUGGGUGGUAUUAUUGGAGCUACUGUCUAUGGAAUUGUGAUCAAUAAUCCUACUGUUAACAGUUUAUUGGAAUCCACAGAAGUUCCAGGAUCAUUCAAUACUCUUCAUGGACUUCUUGGUAAACCAAUGUGGAGCAUUGCAUUGCCAGUAGGUACAAUGCUUGUUGGUAUUGCUUGUACUUUGGAAAAGCUCUUUCCAACUCCAGAGACUGAUCUCAUCAGUACUGAAAAGUGUCUCCUCAAGAGAAGACAAUGGCACCCAAUUUAUUCUGGUCUUGCUUUGGGAGCUCUCCAAGUACCAGUUAAUCUAAUUUGUAAAACUACGUUGGGAACUUCGUCCGCAUUUGUUACUGCAGUAACAUUUAUUACUAGAUACUUGCCAGUUGAGCAAGAGUACUUUGAAAGAUUCACAAUCUCAAAGAGUGCUAAAUAUUUGUGGCAAUUGAUUUCUGAUUUGAGCAUUGUUGGAGGAAGUUAUUUUUCCUCCUAUCUUGCUGGUACUCGUGCUGAACCAAAGAAGCUCAGUAAUAAGGAAAAGUGCUGGGCUAUAGCAUCUGGUUUCUUAUUACUCUUUGGUGCAAGAGCUGGACAUGGUUGCACUUCUGGACAAGGUUUAUCCCAAAUGGCUAAUUUGAGUUUUGGUGGAAUGAUUGGUGUAGCAUCAAUGCUUGCCAGUGGUUUCACAGUAGGUGUUGCAUUGAGCAAAUUGCAAAAGUAA